GACCUGCGCUCGUCCAUAGAUGGUAGUACCGGUGUUAAAGUCACAAACGUCACAUAGAACACCAACAACAACAUGUCAACGUUGCACUUUUGAUUUGUUUGGGGUUUUUCUUGAUAAAACUGAUGAAAAAGAUUAAUUUCGAAUAAUUUAUUUAAAGACAUGAAACAAUAAUUAGAUAGAUUGCGAUAUAAACCAUUGCCACAAUGCAUAUCAAAGCGAACCAGAACUCUUUGAAAUACAUAAGCUUGAUAACAUUAACGCUACAAAAUGCAGUACUGGGACUCAGCAUGCGAUAUGGCCGUACCAGAUCCGGCGACAUGUUCCUUAGUUCGACAGCGGUCGUCAUGUCUGAAUUCGUGAAAUUGCUGACUUGCCUGGUGCUGGUAUUUCAUGAAGAGGGUCAAGAUGUGAACCGUUUCGUGACCGCAUUGCAUACAACCAUUGUAAAGAAUCCAGUGGACACAUUCAAAAUAUGCGUCCCAUCGCUGGUGUACAUUAUCCAAAAUAAUUUACUUUAUUUAUCGGCAUCGCAUUUGGAUGCCGCCACGUAUCAGGUGACGUAUCAAUUGAAAAUUUUGACAACGGCAAUGUUCGCUGUUACGAUACUGAAGAAGAAAUUGCUGCAACAACAAUGGGGAGCACUGGUGUUUUUAGUUGGUGGAGUGGUGCUCGUUCAGUUGGCCGAUUCGUCAACGCCGCAACAAUCCGUUAGCGAUAUGCCCGAACAAAAUCGUUUGCUUGGAUUUGGUGCUGCACUGGGUGCAUGUGUUCUAUCCGGCUUUGCCGGCAUUUAUUUCGAGAAAAUGUUGAAAGGGGCCGACAUAUCCGUAUGGAUGCGUAACGUUCAGUUAAGCUUACUGAGUCUGCCGUUCGGACUGCUCACUUGUUUCAGCAACGAUUUCCGAUCGAUCCGGCAAAACGGAUUUUUUAUCGGCUACGAUCUGUUCGUGUGGUAUUUGGUGGUUCUGCAAGCCGGCGGCGGACUUAUCGUUGCGAUGGUUGUCAAAUAUGCGGACAAUAUAUUGAAAGGAUUUGCCACAUCUUUAGCGAUUAUAAUCUCAUGCGUUGCCUCGAUGUAUCUCUUUAAGUUUAAUUUGACGGUGCAAUUUGCUCUCGGAGCAAUGCUAGUAAUAGUUUCGAUAUUUUUGUACGGUUACGAACCGCGUAAACCGAAACCCGUCGAAGAUACAACCGAGACGGAACAAUUUUUGCCGAAAGUUUGAUUCAAAUUGAUGAUGACGAACGUUAAUGGUAUUUGAAGCUCAUAUUUCUAUCCUAUUUAGUGCCAGUAUUUUAGUUUAUUAUGUUAUACACACACAUUCAGUAUGGAUCUACCAACAAAAUCUAAAUUUCUUUUCGCUUUAAGCAAUAAUAAAAUGCUAAGAACAGAUUCGAGGAACCGUAACAUUUAAGUCCGUUGAAAUAUCGAUCCCAUAUCGAGGCAUGUGGAAAUUGCCGAAAUGUUUUCUUUUUAGAACGUGUAGAAGAGGACAUUGUGCAGGAACAAUUUUUUUUCCCCGGUCAUUGAAAUUUAUUUGUACUUACUUUAACUCCACCACUGCAUAAUUUGCAAAAAUGUUUUUAUGUUUGUUGGACAAUGGAACUUUUUUU